CAAAAUCGUCCAUUUCCUUCGCAUUGGCGCUCGAAAGGAAGUCACUCACAUACACAUACUACACCAUCGCCGCUGUCCUUGGUGAACCCAUCUCCUCUCUCUCCAAUUCAAUUUUCUUUUCUUCUUUUUUUUCCAUUUCCAUUUCAAAUUCUAAAGAAUUGACAGGUGCAAAUCCAAAUCGCUCUCACUGGCUGCUACACCUCCCCACAUUUCGCCGAACCUCCACGCGCCACUUUCCUCGCGGCCGCUCCCCCGAGCUUUUUUAGAACAACAUGGAAGUGUCCAAGCCGGAGACGGAGCACAAGAAAACCAACGCGACGCAAUCGCAGGUCCAGGAACCGACGCGAAAACCAGACGCCAAGGACUCGGAUCCCGCUCUCAUUGGUGACGACUUCGUGAUCGUACCAACGGAAGAGCCUGAGAAACUGGCUGAGGCUCAGAAUCAAGAUCGGAGUGAGGGGGAUGUCCAGACUCAGGGAGACGAAACAACAAACCGGAUGCUGUCCAGUUCGAGGAAAUCGGUUCGUUGGAGCCCCGAAUUGGUGAGCGAAUCACCAUCUUCGGAUCACAACAACGUUUCCGCUCCUAACCGGCCCAAUCCCUACGUUACUCGCUCUCCUGCUCCCGCACCAUCUUCAACCUCCUUCAAAGAAAAGAUGGAAGUUAUGAAGGGUGUGCUGGGGAGAUGGGGGAGGAAGGUCGGAGAAGCCACGAGGAAGGCGGAGGAUCUCGCCGGGAACACAUGGCAGCACUUGAAAACAAGUCCUAGUCUUGCUGAGGCUGCCAUGGGAAGAAUUGCACAAGGGACAAAAGUUCUUGCAGAAGGUGGCUAUGAGAACAUUUUCCGGCAAACUUUUGAAACAGCUCCUGAUGAGAAACUUCAAAAUUCAUAUGCAUGUUACUUAUCCACAUCAGCUGGUCCAGUCAUGGGAGUUUUAUAUGUUUCUACGGCAAAGCUUGCUUAUUGCAGUGACUCUCCUCUACCAUAUAAAAAUGGCAGCCAGACUGAAUGGAGCUACUACAAGGUUCUCAUCCCAUUACAUCAACUUAAAGUAGUUAACCCCUCAUCGAGCAGAGCUAAUCCUGCCGAAAAGUACAUCCAAGUUAUUUCCGUUGAUAGUCUUGAAUUUUGGUUCAUGGGCUUCUUAAACUACGAGGGUGCUGUUAAUUACCUACAGGAAGCUUUGCGAGCACAUAGCUUAGAAUCUGUGUGAUAUAUAUCUGUCUUUGGCUUUAGCCUUAACUCUAUUCUGCUGUAUGAAAUUCAUGCAAUUAAAUUUAAAAGUGUAAACUCUUUGCUCCCUAGAGGUGGAUGGAAAUGCAGGUGUCUUCAGAAACUUUUGUAUUUUUUUGGCAUUGAAAUUAGGAAUUGUAGAGUUUGUAUCUUGAUCCGGUGAGACAGUUGGAAAGAAAGUAGAAACGUAUUCAAUCAUUUUG